CAAUUAUGUGAUCAAUAAAACACAAUUUAACACUUACGUCUCCCCUCCGGUGUUCGACUGUUCGGUGCUUCCUUAUUCUCUGUUCAAUUUGCUCCGUUUCUCUCACUAGCCCAGAAUUUCUACAGUAGAGAGAGAAAACUCAACGAUGUCGGCGCUUCAGUAUUUGGAUACACUCAGAAGUGCGCAUCCAGAGCUUGGCGAAUGGUACAACACUCUCGCAGAUCUGUACCAGAAGAAGCUAUGGCAUCAGCUUACUCUCGAGCUCGAGAAGUUCGUCGCUCUCGCCGUUUUUCAGGCUGGUGAUGCCCUGAUACAGUUAUAUCACAAUUUCAUCACCGACUUUGAGACAAAGAUAAAUCUGCUCAAGCUUGCUCAUUUUGCUGUCAUAGUAUCCCGACAGUAUGCGGAGAAAGAAGCAGCUAUUGGCUAUCUUGAAGGGGUGACUGAGAAGCUUCAUGCUACAAAGGAGAAUCGUAUAGAGGAACCUGUCCUCUAUAUAAAGAUGCAGAUAGCUUUGUUCAAGCUUGAGCAAGGGGAACAAAAAGAAUGCAAGAAGCUCUUGGAUAAUGGAAAAACCACACUUGACAGCAUGACCGAUAUUGAUCCAUCAGUUUAUGCUAGUUUUUAUUGGGUGUCAUCUCAGUACCAUAAAGCACGACAAGAGUUCGCCGAGUUCUACAAAAAUGCUCUUCUUUAUCUUGCUUACACAUCAGUGGAAUCGCUUUCCGAAUCAUUCAAGCUGGACUUGGCUUUUGAUCUUUCAUUGUCUGCACUGUUGGGAGAGAAUAUCUACAACUUCGGGGAGCUACUUGCCCAUCCAAUUUUGAAAUCUCUUCUCGGAACAAAGGUCGAGUGGCUUUACUAUAUCCUGCAAGCAUUUAAUACUGGUGACUUGAUUCGAUAUCAAGAACUAUGCAAUGUGCACAAAGAUGCUUUGAAUGCACAACCAGCAUUGGUUGCUAAUGAAAGAAAGCUUUUGGAGAAGAUAAAUAUUCUCUGCUUGAUGGAAAUCAUCUUCAACCGACCUGCAGAAGACCGGACAAUUCCUUUGAAGGUCAUCGCUGAGCGCACUAGGCUGUCUAUCGAAGAUGUUGAGUAUCUUCUCAUGAAAAGUCUCUCUGUUCAUCUUAUUGAAGGAAUCAUCGAUCAAAUGGAAGGAACAGUUCAUGUAUCGUGGGUGCAACCGAGAGUUCUCGGUAUUCCGCAAAUCACAUCUUUGCGUGACCGGCUCGAUAGCUGGUUGGGCAAAGUAAACACAGCCCUCCUCUCUGUCGAAGCUGAAACGCCUGAUCUUGUUGCAUCAUGAUUAGGUUUUAUCAUAUCUUCAAUUAGGUUUUCAUAUCGAAACUUAUUACAUCGCGUUUCUCUUUUAUUUACAAUUCCAACAUUUUUUUCUUAGUCAAGUUCUAUAAUUACUUCUACAUACUUUUUCAAGAAAUUCAAUAUUUCAUUAUUACUUUUAUGCCAAGAACAGAGGAAGUACUUCGUAUUA